AGUAGGGGAAGUAACCCACUUCCAUUCUCCACAUUGACUUAUAAAAGUAACUGUCGUCGCUCAACCUGCUAGAAAUAACAGCUAUAUCUCCCUUACUUUACAUCCUAUCGUCUUCAAAAAGGAGAUAUUAUAGGACAAUGUGGUCCGGGUUAGGAAUUUCUGCAAUAAAAAAUUAAGAAGAAAAGUUGGUCGUGACUUGAAUAACUUUUGAUGAAAAAUAAAUGUGCUCGAUCGGCAUCGACUUUGGGCUAAACAAUAACAAAAGCCUACAUAGAGACCUCCCUCGUAUUUGCUAAUUUGGCAUGAAUACUAAUGUUACAUUUCUUACAUUAUCAGUUUGAUCUAACUCAUCAGAUUGUUACUUGAGUUCUGAAAACUUCUUACAGUCAACAUGGAAGUAGCCUAUGCAAACAAGACAUCCGACAACAUUCAAUCGAACUGUUCGGCCACAUCUCAAGCUCUGGUUCCUUACGACCAUAACAUUCCAUUCCAACAGUUCAAGACACCCACGCGCAGUUUCCAGUUUGUUGGACAACAACUGACUAUUUUACAACAAUGGGAUCUGCUAGGAGUUGCAGCGGUCGUCUGGGAUUCGGCAAUCGUCCUUUCUGAGUUCCUUGAAGUAAACCCAGAAUUUGCGAAGAAUAAGAAUGUCAUUGAACUUGGAGCUGGUACAGGACUUGUUGGUAUUGUGGCUGCUUUGUUAGGAGGUGAUGUUACUGUGACAGAAAGACAAUCAGCCUUGGAAAAUCUGUGUGCAAAUGUCAAUGCCAACACUGCUGUUUAUGGUAACAUUUCUUUACGGGCAAAGAAACUUGAUUGGACAAACAACCUCUCUGAUUCUUUUAUGGCUGAUUAUGAUCUCAUUGUUGGUGCUGAUAUCAUUUAUAUAGAAGAGACAUUCCCCCAUUUACUAAAAACUCUUCUCUACUUCACAAACCGAUCAGGUUCUGUGAUACUACUUUCUUGUAAAAUUAGAUAUUCUAAAGAUUCCAAAUUUCUAGAACAAAUGAAGUGUCAUUUUGAAACUGAGGAACUGUUCUAUGACACAGCACGGGAUAUUCAUAUUUUUAAAGCUACCAGACUACCUUUGGGAAAUAAAACACUUGUGUAAGAUUUUAU